UGGUCAUCAGGCACAUACAUAAUACAUAUAAAGAUUAUAAUCUAUAGUUAGCACCUCAUCACUGGUGAUUUAGUAAUAAUUAUUAUGAAUCAGUUUAUACCGGUAAUUAAUUAUUUAGCUAGCCGGGUGGGCGGGAUCGCAAAAUGGCGAAUGAAGGAACAAAAACGGUACCAGCUAAAAACUCGGUGAUGAUUGAGGAGCAGGAAGAUGAAAUGAUGAUGCUAGAAGCAAUGAGAAAGAAAGAGCUUGAGUUCCAGUGGGAAGUUAUAGAGAAUAAGGUGGAGGGUACGAUGAGAGUCGAGUUAGAGCUACCAAAUCAGGGUCUUCCCAUUAAGAUAGAUCCUGAAUGUGGUAUUUACUCCGAGUCAAAAUUCAAAGCCUUAGACACUCUUGCAACAGUAUUAUAUCUUCCUCCAAUAAAACUUCAUUUUCAACUGAAUCACCUUUAUCCACUUGAAGAACCUCCGUCAUUUUCACUUUCAUGUUGUUGGCUGAAUUUCUCACAGUUAGGAGUCUUAUGCCGUAAUCUUGAUCAAAUAUGGAAGGACCAAUGUGGAGCACCUGUUCUGUAUCAGUGGCAACAGUUUCUCGCUCAUGAAUCUAUGACAGUUCUUGGUAUUGAUGGACUAUUAGCAAUAAAAUAUCAAAACCCUCGGGCACUACAGAGUGAUUGGGACGCAAGAGGUAUUCAAGAAAUGAAGAACCUCUUUAGCAUAGUACCACUGCUAAUUGAAUAUGACAACCAACAGAGAACUAUUGUCUUUCAAUCGAGUCACUUCACAUGUCAAAUUUGUUGCAUAAAUGUUUCUGGAUCUGAGUGCAUCAGACUACAAUCUUGUCCUCACGUUACUUGCAAGGAAUGCAUGGUCACUUACCUCACCAGUAAGAUUGGAGAUGGUAGUGUGGCUACUAUUGACUGUCCAGGCUCUAACUGUAGAGAACCCAUUUUACCAGGGCUCAUACAAUGCCUCAUUUCUCCUCAACUAUUUGAGCGUUACGACAAAUUACUAUUGCAAAGAACCCUUGAUGGUAUGACUGAUAUUGUUUAUUGUCCUCGCCCGACUUGCCACUGUGUGACGCUGAAAGAAGAGGACAGUAACAUGGCUCUCUGUCCAAACUGCAAAUUCUCAUUUUGUGUCCUAUGCAAGCGGACAUGGCACGGAAUAUCACCUUGCAAAAUGUUACCGCAAGAUAUAAAAGAGCUAAAGGAAGCUUAUGAAACUGGAGAUAAAGAACUACAAAAGUCACUUGAACUGCAGUAUGGGAAGAAGUACCUGGAAAGAGCAUUUCAAGAGUAUGAGUCUAGCAGUUGGAUCAAAAGUAAUACCAAACCUUGUCCCAACUGCCACUCUACCAUAGAGAAGGAUCACGGCUGCAAUAAAAUGGCUUGUCUCACGUGUAAUUGUCAAUUUUGUUGGUUGUGUGGCUCAGCGUUGCCACGACACAAUCCGUACAAUCAUUAUCAUCCAGGGAAUUCCGCUUGUGGUGGGAAGUUGUUUGAAGGAGAGUUACCAGAGGAAAAUGAUGAGUUGAUUUUAUAGAUUUUUAUUAGUGUUUGUUUUAUUGAACUAAAUAAUAUACCAAGAAUUUCUAUUUAGUCGACUAUGUCACAAUUAUUUCAAGAAAACAAAGCCACAUAUUGUGGCUUUUUAUAUUAA